AUGUCAAACCAACCAGGACGUACCGACUGGGCCGAAGAUGACGAGCCAGAUCUCGCCACCGCCCUCCCAGCACCCCAGCACACAAAGAACAAGGACGGCACCGAGACGAUUGUCACCAUCUUCCUGAACGACGACGGCAAGAAGGUCAAGCGCACACAACGCAUCCGCACCGUCGUAAAGCGAAAAUACGAGAAGCCCGGUGUCGCUGAGCGCCGCGCCUGGCCAAAGAUGGGUCUCGAGGCCGGCCGCCCCGCUGGUCCCCAACCCGACACCACCACCCUUGGAGAGAACAUCAUCUUCCGCCCCCAAGCCGGCUUCAAGUCGGGCGCCGCAGAGCAACCUACCGCCGAGGAGGACCAGAAGCAGCAGCAACUCAAGCAGAUGAAGAUCAAGUGUCGUAUCUGUUCCGGCGAGCAUUUCACCACAAAGUGUCCCUUCAAGGACACCAUGGCCCCCGAGGGCGAGGCCGGUGCCGGUCUUGCCGACCUCGACGGUGAUGUCGGCGCUGCUACUCUUCAGAACCUGGCUGCAGGCGGUCCCCCAGCAGGAGGCGCUUCCGGUCCCGGUGGCUCGUCCUACGUGCCCCCGCAUCUCCGCAAGGGCGGUGCUGCUACUGGCGAGAGAAUGGGCGGCAAGUUCGAGAGAGACGACCUGGCCACCCUGCGUGUCACCAACGUUUCCGAAUUCGCCGAAGAAGACGAGCUCCGCGCCCUGUUCGAGCGUUUCGGUCGUGUCACCCGUGUCUUCCUCGCAAAGGACAGAGAAACCGGCAAGGCCAAGGGCUUCGCCUUCGUCAGUUUCGUCGACCGCUCAGACGCCGCCGUUGCGUGCGAGAAGAUGGAAGGCUACGGUUACGGCCAUCUCAUUUUGCGUGUCGAGUUCGCCAAGAAGGCCACCUAA